AUGUAUUCAAUUAAUACUCUGUUAUGUAAUAAUUUUGGAGAUGUUAAAUCAAUUUUACAAAAUGAUACAUUUAGAAUAUUAUCAUGUUAUGAUUCAGAAAGGGAUCAAAGAAUAGGAUAUGAUGAUGCAUUAUUAUUUUUUCAAGAUUCUGGAACACUUGACCCUCAAACUGAUGUCGAUCAUUUAUUUGGUGAAGAUCAUUCCAAAGUUUUAACCUAUAUAGAAAUAUUUAAUUAUAUAUUUGAUCAAUUAAAAAGGAAUAUUUUUAUUUUACAUAGAGAUUUCUUAGUAUUUUUGAAAAAUAAUGAAGAUAAUGUUGAUGAUAUUGUUUCUUUUAAAGAUCUAGAAGAUUAUGUUAAAGGAAAGCAAGUGAGAGCACAUGUAAAUCCUCGUAUUGCCUCACUCAAUUUAAUUUUGGAAAUUAAUGGAAAUGAUGAUAGUUUUAAAUGUUCAAUAGAGAAAAUAAGAGUUUAUAUAACCGGAAAAUUACUUGAAUACGAUUUAAAGGUAAAAAAUGAUAUUGACAAAGAAAUUACCAAAGAAGUUCAUAAUAAAAGUAGUAUUGAAAGGAUAGGAAACCCCGUCCAAUAA